GGGCGGAGCGGAGCGCAGCGAGCGCGGUGGCCCGGCGGCUGGACGACCCCGAAGCGACCGAGUCCCUGCCCCGCGCUCCGGCCCCGCGCUUACCGGCCCGCGGCGGUGGGUGCGCGGCGCGCCGACCUCUGCGGAGGCGCCGGGGGCUCAGCAUCGGGCCGGGGCCGGGGGGGCGCCGGGGCCGGGGGGCGGCGCUCCGGCCCGGCCCGGCCCCGCCCGAUGUCCAUGAGCGCGAACACCAUGAUCUUCAUGAUUCUGGGGGCGUCGAUCGUGAUGGCCAUCGCGUGCUUGAUGGACAUGAACGCGCUGCUGGACCGAUUCCACAACUACAUCCUCCCGCACCUGCGGGGCGAGGACCGCGUCUGCCACUGCAACUGUGGCCGGCACCACGUCCACUACGUGAUCCCGUACGACGGGGACCAGUCGGUGGUGGACGCCUCCGAGAACUACUUCGUGACGGACAACGUCACCAAGCAGGAGAUCGACCUCAUGCUGGGGCUGCUGCUCGGCUUCUGCAUCAGCUGGUUCCUGGUGUGGAUGGACGGCGUCCUGCACUGCGCCGUGCGCGCCUGGAGGGCCGGCCGGCGCUACGACGGCUCGUGGACCUGGCUGCCCAAGCUGUGCAACCUGCGGGAGCUGGGCCGGCGGCCGCACAGGCCCUUCGAGGAGGCGGCGGGGAACAUGGUGCACGUGAAGCAGAAACUCUACCACAACGGCCACCCGAGCCCGCGGCACCUUUAGGCCGCGCGCAGGACUCUGGGGGCCGCGGGCCGCCGCGCCCGCCAACACCGGACUGGACGGCCGCCUGACCAGGCCCCGCCGCCGGGUGUCCAGCGGAAGGUGCUGUCUCUUCUUUUUAUAACGGGGGCGGGUGGGGCCGGCCGGGGGCAGGACCCCGGCCUCCAGGGCAGGUGGGUGCGGGCGGCGGGGCCCACGCCCUGCGCCGGGCCGGACUGCGUCCUACUUGGAGCCGGCGGUGUCCUCUCCGCCCGGCGGAGGGGAGGCGGGGUGGGUCUGGCUGGGAGGGGGCCAGACCCGGCCGCACCCACGUCUGCACACGGGAGCAUGUGCAUGGGGCGUGUGCGGCCGCGGGCCCCAGGGGGGUGGGGGGCCGGUCCGAGGGAGGCCCAGCCCGGCAGCAAUAAGGCCCCCGAGCCCCUGUGGGAGUGCGGCCACCCUGCCCAGGGCACCCCUGGUCGGCGCCUCACUGUGACCCCCGCCCUGCUGGUCAGUAAAUUCUCCGGAAAGCUCCA